GUACCAGGCAUGGCUCCACACCUCUGCUGGAAAACGAUUUUACUUCUGGCCUUUUCUGUUUGAUGUAAUGCCAUUUAAAGUAACGGGGAAGAGCUUUGUGAAUUGCUCUGGUGGGUGUUGUGCUGCCCCUGCAGCCUGCGGGCCGCAGCUGUGGUGGGGGCGCAGUGGACCCACUCCCUGCCGGGGGGGGCACCCCAUCCCACGGGGUUAUUGGUUAUUUGUUUGGGUUUUUUUAAAAGAUAACGAUGAUAAUAGCUGGUUUUGGUGUUGCUUUGCCCCAGUUUGCGGUGCAACUGCAGCAGACACAGGCCGCGCUGCCGCCCCCGCUCCCCGUCCCGUCCCCCUCCGCGGCCGAGGACGCCCGAGGCGGCGGAAAGCGCCGCCGCUUGGCAACGGGCCCGCGCGUGCCUGGCAACCGGCCCUGAGGCGGCGGGGCCGGGGCCUGAAAGGUGACGGGAGAGGGCCGGGGCCGGGGCCUGAAAGUCACCUGUUUAGCAAGAUGGCCACACUGAGUGUAAAGCCAGGACAGCGGUUCACUGUGCCGGAUUGGCACACCAACUCCCAUCUCAUCUCAGCCGAUGCUGAACGCCAGCGCUCUGCUUCCCACCUAGUCCGGCAGGAAGCCCGAGCUCUCCGCAACGAAACCAACAACCAGGCGAAAUGGGAUGAGCACGACAACCAAACCCGCCUGACUGAACGUAUCAGCAGCGUGAACAGAUGGAAAGAGACCCUGGACAAAUGCCUCGCAGACAUAGAUGCGGAAAUCGAUGCCUUAGCCAAAGUGAAGGAAGCAGCAGAAUGUGCCCUCCAGGCAAAGAACUUGCCUUUGGAUGUUUCCAUUGAGUGCCUGACGCUCCGGGAGAGCCGCCGUGCUAUCGAUUUGGUGAGGGACCCUGUGGGCGAAGAACUGUGCAAGGAGGUGAAGGUGAUCGACAAAGCCAAGAGAGAACUGCAGCAGAGAGUGCAUGAAGCCUUCGAACAGCUAUGUCUCUUACAGGAAGCUCGCCAGCAGCUGAGCUGUGACCAUCGGUGCAAGAUGGAAGCAUUGGAAAUAGAUCGCAUGUGCUUAUCCCUCAGCGUCAACUCUCCCAACAUCUCCUUCAAGGUCAACCCAACCCGCGUCCCAGAUGGAUCAACUGCACCUGAUGAGUGGGAACGGAAUAGCCAAUGUAACAAGGAGCAUGCUGAGGCAGAAAUGAAAGCCUCGACUGAGCUCCGAGAAGCAGCACUGCUUACCAUUGCACAGACAAACAACGAGCUGGAGGCUCAGCGUGUAGCUACAGAGUUUGCCUUGCGCAAGAGGAUUAGAGACCUGGACAGAGCCUACGAUGAGCUGAAAUGGCAGGAGCAGAAUACCUUGGAGGAAAUUACUGAGAUGGAGGAGGACAUCCGACGCUUGGAGGAAGAUCUUAGAAGGAAAAUGCAAGAUCUGAAAGUGGCACACACCCGCCUGGAGACCCGCACGUAUCGGCCCAAUGUGGAGCUCUGUCGGGAUCAGGUCCAGUAUGGGCUCACAGAUGAGGUCCACCAGCUGGAAGGAACGAUCCGCGCACUCAAACAGAAGCUGGCAGAGUCACAGGACGCCUUGGACGCUCUUUACAGACAACUUUACUGCGUUCAGACAGAUAUCGGCUACAAAGCCAAUUCCCUGCUGCUGGACAACAAGUGCUUGGAGAGCCGGAGAAGGCUCGUGGUCCCCGCCGAGAAAUUUGUGCCAGAGCUCGACACUUUCAACCGGACCACGAACCGCGCGCUCUCCCCACCGAAGAGCGGGCAGCUGGAGCUGGCUCGGUGCGCCGGGGAGAAAGCUACCGGUGACUCAGUUCCGUAGCAAGGAAAGCGGACAUCUGUGUCGUGUUAGGAUAAUGCAAUUCUCCCUCCUCCUAGUUUGUUGUAUAACUGUCUGUCCCCCUUAUAUGAUGUUUAUGGCCUCUUGCACUCGGAGGAGCGUUAUAAACAAUAAAAGAGUC